CAGGAGAUUCUCGCACAACACGUGUGUUUUGGUCGGAAGCGUGAGGUUAAUUGCAGCAGAGGCAAAUAUGGUGUCUCGGAAAAAGGAGAGGCAAGGCAAGGAUUCAAAACAAAAAGAGUCACUUAAAAACUGUAAAGGCUCUUCCCCCAUUACUAAAGCCAUGAAGCGAAAUGCCAAGAAUGACAUUUCUACUGAUGACAAGGAAGCUAUGGUUGAUGUUCAAGCACAAGAUAAAGUUAUUGAGAGGAUAGCAAUCAAUACCAAUGAGGCAUCAAAGAAAAAGAAUUUUUUGGGCACAACACCUCCAAAGAAGAAGCAAAAAACUGCUGCAACAGAUUGCGAAGUGAAAGGACAGGAUCAGAGCAAGGAUGAGGCCAUUGACAAAGAUAACAGUUGUAACAGUCCCUCUGAAGAUGCUCAGAGAAAAAUUACAACCGAUGUAGACAUGAAAGAACAUUGUAAUGGUAAAAAUGGAGAAAUCACUGAUACAGAAAAAGAGUUAGAGGAAGAGGACCAACAGUAUUUAGGGAAGUUAGUGAUAGACAAUAUGUUAGAUGAUGAGUCAGAAUCAAGUGAACUUUUAGAUGAGAGUUUGGAUGCCAGGGAAAUAAUAGAUGAAGUUAAUGAACUAUUGCUUGAUGAAGAAGAUGAAAACUUGCCCAGUGAUGAUGAAAAUAUAGAUGAGAUUGAAGAUGAAGAUGAAAGGACUGAAGUCAAAGAAAUGGAAUGUGAAACACCAAAAGAUGGAAAACUGUGGAAGCUAAAUAAGUGGAAAGAAUAUAUGAUGUACAGUCGAAAAGAAUUGGCCUGUAAACCCCUCUCAGUAUACAGAGAAGAUGAUGACACCAUUCUGUUAGCUUUGGCACCAUAUACCUCAGUGUACUUUCAAGGCAUUGCUCGUGUCCACCUGAUUGCUGGCAGUGUUAAAAUUUCUGGUUAUGAAAUGGAACAGGGCGAGGAGCACACUGUUUAUUCAUUAAUGUCUCAUUCUCUUCUGGCCUUGGAAGCAAGAAAAGGAAUAGACUUAUCUAUAAAGAAGAACAUUCCAGGAAUUCCAAAGGAUUGGAUCCAGGAACUCAUGUCAGAUGAGAUCAAAGAAGUGAUCAUUGUCAAGUUGACACAUCAUUUUCCACCAAUGGCAAAGCUGCUGUAUGUGGCUGGCUGGAGAAACCUGGUCGAUCAGGCAAAAGACCCAACUUGUGGCCUGCGAAGUCUUCAUCUGAUCAGCAGAACCAACAGUAAGAGGUAUCCACUGUAUCAAGAGUCACCCGAGUGGGAGACUGUAGUGGAAAAUAUCAAGUCCAGUUAUAUGAGAGGAAAAGUGCCUUGCAUCGUUGUGGCUGGUGGACAAAAAGUGGGGAAAUCAACCUUUUUCAGGUAUCUAGUCAACAGUUUACUAAGCAUGGAAAGAAGUAAAGGCGUCCUUUGCUUGGACUUCGAUCCUGGUCAGGCAGAAUUGUCCCUGCCAACAUGCCUGACAUUCUUGCAUGUCAAGUCUCCUCUUUUGGGUCCUCCUUAUACACACUUGACUGUGGGUUCCAGUGACAGUUGCAAGCAGAUCCUCAUAGGUGCCACCACGCCACAGUUUGUUCUGCAAAAAUACUUGAAUGCUGUCCAGUCCCUUUCUACUUUCAGCCAUAACUAUGAGAGUCUUCCAUUGGUGAUUAACACUAUGGGUUGGACAAGUGGAACAGGUAUUGACCUCAUCCUGGAUGUGAUAAGGAUAACACAGCCUACACAUGUGAUCCAGAUCUGUAGUGAAAAGAGGCAAUUCAACUACCCCUUCUUCUUGAACAGUGAGACAGUUGAGAACCAUAAAGGAGGCAUUGCCACAAAACCUGGCUCUUCCUAUCUUGAACAUCAGAUGAUCCCCCUCCGCUCGGUAUCUGUGUUGAAACUGAAUUUGUGUAAUGCUAGCAGUCUCCGAGAAAUAUCAGUUUUAUCCUACUUCAGUAAAAUUAUCAAUCAGGAAAGCAUGAACAAAAAGAGUUCCAUGAAAGGCAUAGUGAAAAUAAAGUGGUGUGAUGUUGUGCUCCAUGUUUUUAGCACUGAAGUACCCAGAGAGAAAAUUUUGCAGGCCAUGAAUGCAUCCUUAGUUACACUGUGUAAAGUUGAUCCCAAUGACAUUGAGACUGUUGGUCCAUAUUACCCAAAGCAGCUUGUUGAAGAUGCAGAUUUUAGGGACAUUAUUGGAUGGGGUAUUGUCAGAGGCAUUGAUCCACUCACACAAGAAUUGUAUGUUCUGACGGACUUGAGUGAAGAAACAGUUGCUUCUUCUGUAAACGCCAUCAUCAUGCCGGAUUUAUACCUGCCAGCUCAUUCUUAUACAUUAUUUGCAGAAAAUUCUAAGGAAGCACCAUAUAUGGAGCAGCCAAUGAAAGAAGACCGAGUAGAACUUGUCAAAGACCGUGUGAAAAAGCCUCAGAAGUAUUCUGUUCGAAAUAGGGAACGUUAAGUAAUGCUAUCAGCUUAUUCCUGCAUAGAUAAAGUGGUUAGACUGGUAUAUGAUUUACAUAAUGUACUGGUAUAUAUUGUAUGUUGAUCUUUAGUAUCAAAUUAGUUUGUUGAUAUUUUUUGAAUGUACAGAUACUAUCUUAUAUUUAUAUUUUGUAUAUAUAGAUGCAGGAUAGAUAAAACUUGUAAUUGUUAUAAAUUUUAUAUUUCA